AGAGAGAGAGAAGGGGGGGGUGAGGGGGGUGGAAGAAAAAUUAAUGAGCUACGCCCUGCUUUGUUGGCAGCGAGUCAAGAGUCGCUGGGAGGAAACCAGCGAGUCAAAGGAGUCUGUGCAGGGCUGCAUCUGACUCAGUGUGCAGUGCAGAGACCGCAGGCUGGAAAAACGACUGACGCUGAUCCAGCUGAGUAAUAGAGGCCCACAACAGCAUCUGUUUAUAAAAUUGAACUUCUGGUUGUCAUAAAAAAAAAAAAAAAAGUAUAGUUACAAAUGUGGCAACGGGACUUCAACAAUGCAGUCACUCAAACAAACAGCUGGUUGGCAGGGGUCAUUCAUCAUGAGGCCGGGUGAGUCACAGCAUCCCCUCCCCGUGCUGCACAGAGAAAAGUCACCAAAGUUGGCGGCACUGGGGAAUGGAAAUCGGACAUGUGAGGUUGUCAUGGACAAAACUUUUGGGAAUAUACUAAGGAGCAGAAAUGCUGAAGAUUUAGCGCUGUUUUGGUGGUGACUCCGGAGGAAGUUGGCCAGAUGGUGGUGGUUUGCUUCCAUGGAGAGAGAGCAGGCAAGGAAGAUGAAAUAAGGAGUUUGUGUUUCACAGUUUUUUGAGAUGGAGCUGCUGAAGGGAUUGCCAUGGCGCCGUGCUUUCCUGGCUGUCAUCCUCAACCUGCUUGCCCUCAGCCUCUCCACUACUGCCUUGCUUGGCAGCUACUGGUGCACUGGGACCCAAAAAGUACCCAAGCCUUUGUGUGGGAAGAGCAAGGCCACCAAGUGCAUUGGUGUCCCCAUGCCACCUGAUGCAGGUGCUAGCAAUGUUUCAUCCCAGGAAGUGGUGCACUACAGCUGGGAGACCGGGGAUGACCGCUUUGACUUCCGAUACUUCCACACAGGGAUGUGGCUUUCCUGUGAAGAGAGCAUGGAAGGGCCAGAAGAGAAAUGCCGUAGUUUUAUUGAGCUUUCACCACCAGCAGAGAGAGGAAUCCUGUGGCUGUCGCUGGGAUCAGAGAUGUUGUACAUCAGCUUGCUGCUCAUCAGCUUCAUCCUCCUGAUGGUGGAAAUGCUGCAUACUGGCAAUCCUGUCUGUGGGUUGAAGCUCAAUGCCUUUGCUGCUGUCUCCUCUGUGCUGUCAGGUCUCCUUGGGAUGGUGGCACACAUGAUGUACACUCAAGUCUUUCAGGCAACGGUUAAUCUGGGACCAGAGGACUGGAGACCGCACUCCUGGGACUACGGCUGGGCAUUCUACAUGGCCUGGGCUUCCUUCACCUGCUGCAUGGCCUCUGCUGUCACCACUCUCAACACUUACACCAAGACGGUGCUGGAGUUCAAAAGGAACCACAUCAAGGGCUAUGAAGGGUGCUUCAAGGAUCAGCCUCAGCACCACCAGUGCUUCAUACAGCGGCAAAUAAGCAGCUACUAUGGGCCCCAGGACAAGCCCCUCCAUUCAGUCUCUGAGGGAGUCGACUUCUACUCUGAUCUGCAGCAGAAAGUGCUCCAGCGGGAACCAGAGCUGGAUCUGGAUGAGGUCUUGGGACAGACAAUCGAGGAGGAUCAUUGUUAGGGAUGAGUGCACAGGGGCAGAGCAGUGGGGUCUGGGAGGCACAAGAGCUCUGAGCCAAACACUAGCACCAGUGUUAUCAAGUUCUUGGGGAGCUCUUCCUCUACAGUUCAGGGAGCAAGAAGGUGGGCACUGGGACAGGGCAACGCAGUGUCAGCGGUAGCAAGGUAGAUCCUCCCUGAUCACAGUUUGACUGGUGUCCUCAGCUGGGAAGGGUGAAACCAGAGGGAUGUGUUGUUGAUGCCAGCUGUCUCCACAGACUUGCAGACACUUGAGGCAAUUGUCCUAAUCCCAGCACUACUGUACCUGGGAAUAGAUAGCACCAUCCAGCUGGCAAAUUGCAGUGCUGGGCCUAUUUGGGUGAUGUCACACUGACCUUCCAGCAACCCCCGGUUCAGUGUUAACAGUGAAGGGCACUGGUGCUCUUACUGACUGGCUGUAAUCCUCUCUGAACACCUUGUUUGUUCUUCAUAUUCAGGCCCAACCUCCUCUGAUCCCUGCACCCAGAUCUAAAGUGCUGCUGCAAUAGGAAUGGGGAAUUGCUUUCAGACAUCUCUCUCCUCCUCUUUCCUAUUUCUUACUCCCACAUGCCACUUUCUUGCUUUUUGCCCCAAAAGCUCCCAUUCUGUGGUACUUUCCUGCCCAUCUCUUUCUACUGUGCUUCUCCACAACCUUUAAGGAUCCUUGGCUGGGCUUUUGCUUUUUCCUUUGUUUCUCUUCAUUUGUCCCCUUCUCCCUAUUGUAAAAAUACCACAAACAAUCCCCCAAACAAGCAAACUCAUAAU